CUGGACAGACCCACCCCGAGCCAGGCCUCAUAACGGAGCAGAGGGAGGACUUGAGCAUAACAACGCAGCAACAACGAAGCUCUCACACAAUCCAACAAUUCACGGGCCACGAUGGGGAGGUUGUGCGAGGUUGCGGUUGUAUCCUUCCUUGUUGUCUUUCUUCUGAGCACUGAAUCUACAUGGGCUAAAAGAGGAGGCAGCAGCAGCAGCAGCGGAAAGAAGACCUCAUCAUCCAGCAACAGGGGUGGGACACAAUCCAAGCCUAGCUCUCAGCCAGGAAGCUAUCCGAGGCAGCCUCAGAAUCCUAAUCGUAACCCCAAUCCAUAUCCCGCCGGGGGAAGUUACCCUCAUCCUGGAGCAGGCAACACAAAUCCAGGAGGAGUUCCCAGACAAAACCCAGGAAGUUAUCCAGGAGCUGGAGGUUAUCCUAACCAGAAUCCUGGUAGAGUCAAUCCUGGAGGUUAUCCGAACCAGAACCCUGCUGGAGGUUAUCCAGCAGCAGGUGGCUACCCAGCAGCAGGUGGCUACCCAGCAGCAGGUGGCUACCCAGCUGGAGGUGGUUAUCCUAACCAGAAUCCAGCAAGAAAUUAUCCAGGUGCAGGAGGCUAUCCAGCAGGAGGUGGUUAUCCUAACCAGAAUCCAGGAAGAAAUUAUCCAAAUCAGUAUCCAGGUGCUGGAGGAUACCCAGGUGGAGGUGGCUACCCAGGAGCAGGUGGCUACCCAGCAGGAGGUGGCUACCCAGUCAGAGGUGGAAAUACAGGACAAGGUUGGGGUGCGCCUGCCGGAAAUCCAGGGGGUUACCCUGGUGGUUAUCCUGCUGGUUCGCCCAACUGGAAUCCCAAUAAUAAGAUCCUCAGUCCCCGCUUCGGUGGGGGAAGCUAUGGGCAAGGUGGUUAUGGGACGGGAGGGUCUCCAUUCUCCCAUUCUGUACAGAAUAUGGGAUACAAGCCCCAGUCAACAGGUUUUGCCAAAAAAGCCAUGAUGGCAGCAGGUGUCGGUGCUGUGGCUGGAAUGGCCGUUGGGUAUGGACUUGGGCGGUUCCCUAGACCGCAUUUCAAUUUCCGCAACCCCGAAGAGGAGAACUCCUACAACAACUACAUGUACCGCAGCUAUGGCUCCCGCUCCACUGAUCAAAAAGACUAUGGCCGUGAUUAUGUCUACAGCCCUCCGCCCCGAGCGCAGACUUAUGAGAACUUCAUGAGUACCUGCAUGAACAGGACUGAUCUUCUGAAAGAGCAGAGCCGCAGCUCCACCACUACUCAGAUCGAAAGCAAUGAGGAUAAUGACACCGUCAGCAUUGAGGAGAUUGGAUACCCGGCACUAAUUGAGCAAGUGAGGUCCAAACGCUGCGUGGAAAAGUACAUGGAAUAUUCUCAGCAGUUUCUUGUGGAACGAAAGGCCGAGCAACAGUUGCAGCCCAGUCGCGGUGACCCCCUGAGCUAUGGCGUGAUUCAGCUUGGCACCUCCCUCUUUGUGCUAAUGUCCAGCAUGCUCCUCCUCCAGUGAGAACAUUUCGACUUCCUUUCACUAUAUACCCCGAAUGGGUUUCUACUUUGCCCAGUAUACUUGCACGUCUACUGUCUACUUAUGUCACUUUGUUCCAACAUCACAAACCUAGCUGUAUGCUUAAUGUAGAAGCUCUCCGAAUCAUAUUUAGUCGACCAUCUUGUACUGCUGCAGACUAACAAAGGGUAACAAAAUGUUUAUGUGUAUAUUGUGACAAAAAGGAGUACACUUCAAGAGGCAGCAGUCUGUUUGGAAUCUUUGUUAGAUCUUUUUGUAGCAGGAACUGCACUUAAUUUUCUUCUGCCAGUUUUUUUUUCAAUGAUUGACUUUAAAAGCUUAGAAAACUGAUUCAGGGCGCUUAAGUUAAGUUAAUGACAAUAAAUGUAUCUGCUACUGUGUAAAAUAGGAAUGUUACUAAGAGUUUUAUAUAUGUACAGAUUAAUCAGAUCUAAUCAUCCCCUCAUCAGAACUGGACGAUCAAAUAGACUGACUGUGGCAAGAUAGUCUUAAGCAAAAGGAAAUUUUCAUUUGGAAUCAAAGUCAGGGUCUGAGUAUUACAUUUGGAUAGAUGCAAACAUUAGUAUGCUACGACUACGGUAUUAGGGCCGCAUAAACUGGAAAAGUUGAGAUAAUAUAUCAGUAUAGAUUAAGGCUUCAUGUUUUUUUCGAAGGGGAAUAUCAGAAGAUCAGCCCUGUUGCCUGCAUGCAAAUAACAAGUUGGAGCAUGUUGUUGUGUUGUACUUUCAGGAGUGGCACAUUGUGUACAGAGGCAACUGGACCUUCUUGUUUCGUCUCUUCAAGGUUAAUUUGGUUUAUUACCCCAAUGUUACAGCUCUAGUAAAAUUAUGUCCAAGAGUACAAUUGACAUGUUGCUUGAAAUUAUGAUCUCUGUCUUAAAUUGACGACUUUUUUGCCUUGUGAUAUUAUGGCUUUUUCGGGAAAUCUCCCAUUAUUUUUUUCCUUUCAAGUGGCCCUAAUACUACAUGGUAUACAGUUUUCAUUUUGAGAUGAAUAAUUGAUUUAAAAAAGGAGCAUCACUGCUAAAUGCUGGAAAUUGAUUUGGCAGUGGGAACAAAGUAAGAGACAUCUCGUAAUUAUGGUGGGCAAGUUGUGUUCUUGCAACAGGAUCAGCCUCUGUAUUAACUUGGGGAGUCGUCCAUCGGGAGUGAUGAGUGAUAAUGUUGGCUCCACUCAGAACAAAGCCACUAAAAGCUUUCAAGACUGGCCCAUGUUCAGAUUUUGUCAAAAGCACAUUUGUUGCAAGAUGAUAAUAGCCUGAAGGAUUUCUUGGAAAUGGUUAUUAAGUCAAAUGUCCCAAAUGGCCUCCAACUUCAUUAACAGAUUGAAUUACACUGGAAGAUGCUGGAGGCUAAUUUCUUUCUUUUUCAAAACUUGAGAUUUUACCAUUGACAUUAUUGCCAAUGAAUAGUUUAACACUGUCGAAGGAAAUCAAAAUAAGAAGACAUCCUCCCGUUAAGGGGCAGGUCCGCCUCGUCUCAGGUUCACCGCACUCACACAUUGUUAGUUUGUUGUUCAGCGGCCUGAUAACAACCGAGAUUGGAUUUUAUAGCUCUGGAGAAAUGAGGCUUGAUGCCAUUAGUGCGGCCUCUGCCCACUGUUGAGAAGGAAAUGGGAGCAUUUGUCGAUGCUCUUACUGUGGGCAGUGAUUCCAUUGUUGUUUAGAUCAGAGGAGCUUCCACAACAAUCCACCUUCUCUGCUCUAUCUCUGCACCUUUACCUUAAUGUUGUCGCACGGCUUCUUCACAGUUGGGACCAGAUUAACUGGGGAACUAGAGGCGCUGACUUUAAAUCGGCUGGAAACGGGGUCUAGCUCCACCGCUCCAUCGUGCAUGAGCAUCGCUGUCCUGGUUCGCUCUUGUAUCUUGUGCCAACCUUGGUUUCAAGUUCAUGUCACCGGAGACACUGACACUUUAUAGGCUUCCCAGGGCUGAGCUGUUCAGUACAUCUCUGUGUCUUCCUCUUACCUUUGCCCAUGAGAUAAGUUCGAUGCCCGACUCCAAAGGCCUCCCCAGCUUUUCACGACGUGUCUCUCCAGUGUGUAAAUGUGUGCUCUUCUUUUUGCCAGUUGUGUUUAGUGAUUGUUUUUGUGAUUGUUUUGUUAUUCCAGCCUAUUUUUAUCAUCUGACUAUUUUAAUUCUUACCUUCUUUUGCUGUUCAUUUUAGUCUGCUGUUUGGAGAGGUUGUAUUCAAUAUACUAACACAAUAUUCAGUGUCUAAUAACAUAUAUAUAUAUAUAUACACCUAUAUAUAGAGGCAAAAUCAAAGAGUACAGUUAAAACAAUCGCAAAGCAUCUGGAAGUGAUCAUAUAUGGACUUUUAAUGAUUGUUUUCUAAUUGCUCCUCCUCCCAGUUAAUUGUUUUCAUUUUCUCCGUCUAUACUUUUUUCCAUUUAAUAUUAUUGAUUCUGACAAAAUGAAUUGAAUUUAUUUGAAAUCAUAAAUUGUAAUAAUUUUGACCACUUCAUCAUGUCUGUGCUGUAGAAUAUCUGUAAAGUGCACUUAUUUCCCUGUAGAACUGGAUCUUUUGUAACUGCUGGAAAUCUGUUUGGAUUUUCUGGUUCACUUUACUCAUCUAAUUUCUCUUAGAAAUGAUUGUUCUGAUUUUGUAUUGUUAUUGGAUGUUUGUGUGUUAAAAUAAAAAUAACAACAAUUA